AUGUGUGUUUCUGUGUGUUCCUCAGAGAUCCCUGCUGACCAUCUGCCUCUGUCCCAAAACUCUGCAGCAGACUGCAGUAAUGCUGAACCUGUUCAAGCUAGGAAACUCAGCGGUUCCUCUGCAGAGGCACCAAGCUACCAAAAUCUACACAAGGAACUUCUGCUUAGCCAUAAACGGGGCCUCCUGCUGGAGGAGAAACCAGAGCUGAAACGCGUGUUGGAGCAGCGCAGACUGGAGCGGCACAAGGAGGAGGAGAUGGCACGACAGCGACCAUCGGAUCUGGAGAUGGAGCUCCGCAAGAGGCAGCAAAAGCUGCAGGAGUAUGAGCAGGAGGAGAUCCGACAGCGGGAGAACCAGCAGAAGAUCCCAGAGUUUGUCCGUGUCAGGGACAACCUGAGGCGCACGCAGACGUUUGAUCAGCCAUGAAGCGCUCCAUCAGCCUCUCACCAUAGUGGCCCUAAAUGUUUAUGCUCAAUGCCUACUACAAGACACGUCAACCGAGAUCUAAUAAACGUUAGCAUGCAUGAACUUUCCUAUUGAUUUAAAACUCUUUUUUGAUUAUGGGUUUAUGCAUGCACUUUGCACCUAAAUCACAUGUACUUUAACCUUGAUUCAAUCUGUUUCUAGAGAGAAAAAGAAGUGCUAAUUUUUUGUGAAGAAAGGCAAAAAUGUUGUGAGGAUGAAUGUUUUUUAUUAUUAUUAUUAUUUAUGGUCUCUGAACAAAUACUGAUUUUGAUUUUCCUUUUGGCUUUCUUGGAUUAAAAGACAGUGUUACUGUUUUAUAAAAGGUCUGUAUCAUCCAAGUCUGAUUUUAUUUAAUGUGAUUGCCAACACAUCUGUCUUUUAUCAAACGUACGCACAUCUACAAGUCUGUUGAUGGGGUGAUCUCUUGUAACCUUUUCAUUUCUAGUAUUUCAGUAUUGCCCCAAAAAUAAAAAAUAAAACAUUUUGUUUUUUACUUGUUGUGCUGGACACAAUUCAAAGGGAUUGAUUUGCAGGCAGCUCCUCUCCCCGAGGACUCUCACAGGUCUUUCACAUGGAUAUGGGACUUUGUUUAAUUAGCUAAUCUUUUCAUUCCAUCACGGGUCGAAGGGAAAAGGGACAGGCCAUCUGGUGGAGCCUUUUCAGGAUGGCCAGGAAUACCCAAGGGUCUGAUUAAGGCACUGCAGAUAUUUUGGACAGUCACAGAAAAAACUAUCUGAGGCUGGACUCUCAGUUUAAGUCAUGUUUUGACUGUUUCAUCACUUUCUCAAACAAAAAUGAGGCGUUCAAGAUGGGGCACGGUACACAAAUUAUUUCAAAAUAGCUUUUUAGAAGUAAAUUCAUGAAUUUUAUUGUUUUAAUAUAACAAUUUAAGAUAUGUUUAAUGAAUUUUUUUGAAGCUCAACCCAUGAACAUCAUGUUUAACUCAACAGAUGUCAUUAUAAAGUAAAAAAAAAAGUUGGAUGUGUUUUUGCAUAUUUUUAUGUAAAUGUAUUUUUGUUAUUUUAAUAUAAUUGAAGAAAACAAAUAGUAUAAAUAAGAACAUUU